AUGUCGAUGCUGGACAGUAUGGGUGAGGAGGGGCAGGAGUCGGAGGGAUCAGCCUUCGCAGCUGGCUUUCUGAACGCCAGCCUGGACGGCGCCGUCAACGUCACCAACGUUACCUUUUUCCCUUACUACCAGCACUCGCUGUACGUCGCCGCCACCUACAUCCUGGCGUAUUCCUUCAUCUUCCUGCUGUGCAUGGUGGGAAACAUCCUGGUGUGUCUCAUCGUGCUGGAAAACCGUCGCAUGCGCACAGUCACCAACCUCUUCAUCUUCAACCUGGCGAUCAGCGACCUGCUGGUGGGGAUCUUCUGCAUCCCUACGACUCUGGUGGACAACCUCAUCACAGGCUGGCCAUUUUCCAACACUGUCUGCAAGAUGAGUGGAUUCAUUCAGGGCGUAUCUGUGUCUGCAUCAGUUUUCACCCUGGUAGCCAUUGCUGUUGAAAGGUUCCGCUGUAUCGUGUAUCCUCUGCAACCCAAGCUGACUCUGUGUGUUGCCAAGGCAGCCAUCGCUUCAAUCUGGGUGUUGGCCGUGGUGAUCAUGUGUCCUGCUGCGGUGGCGCUGACUGUGGAGAAAGUUCCUUUCCAUUACAUGGUUCACAACAACGACUUCAAUCACACGAUCCCUUUAUACACCUGCUACGAAGACUUCGCCAACCCCGAGAUGAGAAAGGUCUACACGGCCGUUCUGUUUGCCCACAUCUACCUGCUGCCCCUCACAGUGAUCAUUCUGAUGUACGGAAGCAUCGGGGUCAAACUCUGCUCCUCCGUGGUCGCCAACAGGGAGCCGCAGCUGGCCAACGCCACAGUCCAGGUGGGAGGCAGGAGACGUGGGCAUGCCAUGGUGUCGCAGAAGAAGAUUCGAGUGAUCAAGAUGCUCAUCCUGGUGGCUCUGCUUUUCAUGCUGUCGUGGCUGCCUCUCUGGACCCUCAUGAUGAUGACAGAUUAUGCAGGCUUGGACAGAUACCAGCUGGACCUUCUCACCAGUUACAUCUUCCCCUUUGCCCACUGGCUGGCGUUCUCCAACUCCAGCGUCAACCCCAUCAUCUAUGGCUACUACAAUGAGAACUUCAAGAGAGCUUUCCAGGCAGUGUGCAAGACCAGGCCCUUCUGCUGCUUCAUCUAUUUGUGGACUGCAGUUGCCAGGUGGGGGAGAAGAAGGAUGUCUGUCCAAGCACCUUGCAAAGACGGCGACUUCAGAGAUAACUCUAACAAUCACAACCACUUUGUCAUGGGAAUGAGAAAUCGAGUUCACAACGACAACAAGUUGAGUGACAGUUUAGAAGAGAAUAAGAGCACGAGGGUGCGGUGUGUGGUGGUCCACUCAGGGAGUCAGCUUGGUGAUCAGACCUUGGAAAUGAUGGCUGUGCACAAGAAAAACACCAGCGGGGAUGGAUCAAAUGUUAGCUCACUUGCAGUUUCAGUGCAUCAGGCAUGGGACAACUGA